AUGCUGAUAGGCGCAGACCUAUUUUGGCAAAUUGUGGGCAACGAACAGCGGUGUCUCGGUGCUAACUUACCUUACUUGAGAAGUUCACAGUUAGGCUGGUUAAUAUCUGGCCCUAUAUUUAGUAACGGUGAACCAAGGAGCAUUAAAUGCAAUUUCUCAAGGAUCGACACAUCUGACAAUCUCAACGAGAAAAUUUCUAGAUUCUGGGAGCUAGAAGAACUCCCCAAGAGGCCACUGCUCAGCAGCAGCGAGAAGGAAUACGAGUAUGUAGAGCUGGGCCACUGCUCGCCCGUGGAGGGCCGGCCAUCGCAUGCGCGCCGCCACUACCUGUGCCACCACGCUGUGCUGCGCACGCAGAGCGAGUCUACUAAGCUGCGCGUUGUGUUUGACGGCUCCGCGCCCACCUCCACCGGCGUCUCCAUCAACGAUAUCCAGCACACCGGCCCUAAAGUACAAGAUUCUAUCUUUGCUAUUCUAUUACGUUUCCGCACGCACAAGUACGUACUAGCCGGCGAUAUAAACAAAUUCUUCCGCCAAGUCCUUGUCUACGAAGACGACAGACAGCUACAACUGAUUCUAUGGCGUGAAGAUGAAAAGAAGCCAUUAAAGACAAUCAGACUGAAUACUGUCACGUACGGCUUUGCCAGUGCAAGCUAUCUAACUACAAAAUGCUUAUGGACACUAGGAGAAGAGUGUCGAGAUGAAACAAUAAAACAAAUCAUUCAAAAGGAUUUUUACUGCGAUGAUAUGUUGACCGGCAGCGACACGAAAGCAGAUCUAUUACACAUUCUGAAUGCAGUCACCACUCACUUAAAAUCGGGCUGCUUCAAUCUGCGGAAAUUCAAGUCCAAUGCACCUGAUAUUUUCCCCAUCUCGACGGUCGACUUGCAAGGAAAAUUGAGCUUGAGUGACGCCUCGAGCGCGCUCGGCUUGGGUUGGAGUCCACAAUCAGACGAGCUAUACUUUACUAUCGAAGCUCCGACCUCUGGCUCGCUAGAAAAAUUUACAAAGCGAACAAUACUAUCGUCAACAUUCAGUAUCUACGAUCCACUCGGCCUCCUGUCGCCGUGCACUGUUCAGCCCAAACUGCUCAUGCAGCAGCUGUGGCGGCGUGGGCUGGACUGGGACGUGCCGGUUCCUGACGAUCUACAAAAGGAAUGGAAGAAAAUCACGGCCAGUCUCUCAUCACUAGCGAACAUCACAAUCCCCAGGAGAGCCUUGUCUGGAGAUCCAGUCGAAAUACAAUUACAUUCGUUCUGCGAAGCAUCAAUGCAUGCCUACGGCGCAUGCAUCUAUCUAAGAUGUAAAGACAAAGAAGGUAUCAUAUCAGUCAAUCUACUAUGCGCUAAAUCGAGAGUGGCACCUACCAAGCCACCCCUCACGAUACCAAAAUUGGAGCUACUUGGAGCGCUACUCGCUGCUAACCUAACCAAGAACGUUCUCGAGUCACUGCGCUGCUCUAUAUCGUCGUGCACACACUGGUGCGACUCCAACGUCGUGCUCGCGUGGCUCCACAGCAGUCCUAGCAAACUGAAGAGCUUCGUCGCAAACAAGGUUGUGGAGAUAUGCGAGCACACCGUGCUGUCGGCGUGGCGCCACGUGCCCGGCGCCGCCAACCCCGCCGACGUGAUCUCCCGCGGUGCGUCUGCUGACCAGCUAGCUGCGCACGAGCUGUGGUGGUGCGGACCCCCGUACCUCGCCGCGGACGAUUCCCAAUGGCCGCAGGCUCCAUCUGAAACAAAGAAACAAGAUGACGACUUACCUGAGAUUAUAGUCCUCCCUUCGACGAGCUCCGACUGCGACGAUCUAUCUAUCCCCAUGAACACGUCCGCCUGA